AUGAACAACCAAAAGCGUAAUAAUAAAGUUGCUAUUGGUUUUUUAACUUGCACACCACAUAUUGAAUUAAUUCGUUUCGCAAAUGAAAUCAGUUCAACAACAAAUGAGUUAGAUGUUUAUAUAAUAAUUGAUGAUAAUACUUAUGAUCCACCGCAGUCAGACUGCUCAUUGCAUUUUAUUCAAGUCGACAAUAAUCAAUGUGUUUCCAAUGGUUACAGAAAUUCGCUGACACUCAUAUGGGAGAAAGAAUGCUUAGCAUGGGACAAAGCAUUAUAUUACUUUUGUCGUUUAAAUGGAAAAACAUACGAUUUUGUCUGGUUAGUAGAAGAAGACGUAUUUAUUCCAAGUGUACAUGGUUUGAUAGUUCUAAAUGGGCAGUGCUGCAGCCAAGGAUAUGAUCUGGUAUGUCAAAGAAAUCACUACAAUUUACAUGGAGCUCUGGAAUCUCUAACAUGGAGAUUUUGGUUUGAUGCUAAAGAUAAAUUUCCUUUGCCAUGGUAUCAUUCAAUGAUUUGUGCCGUUGGUUUGAGCCGUCGAUUACUAAUAAAAACAGAUGAGUAUGUAACAGCUCGAUGUUUUUUGCCAUUUAUUGAAUAUUUCUUUAAUACGAUUGCCAUGCAUGAACAACUUCAUGUUUAUUGUCCACCAGAACUAUCAACAAUAAACUAUAGACAUGACUGGAUUUUAAAAGAAAUACGGCAAAGUCCAAUGAAUUGGUAUCAUCCAAUUAAAGAUAUGAAACGACAACAACAACUUCGAGAGAGACUACUCAAUUCAUCAGAUGUCGAUGAUGACGAUAAUGAACCGGAGCAAAAAGAAUAUGAACCAGAUUGUUUCUGUUUACAACUACCAAAUAUUUAA